GAAAAAGAAAAAACGACAGAGAAAAAUGAGAGGAGUAUUGGGUUUGUCAUCAAGUCUCACUUUUCUCACUCGUCAAUCCUCUGUACGCACUGCGACCUCCCAUCUUCUCCAUCGUCGAUUUUACCGUACUCCUACUCAAAGCGCAAGUCCAACUCGCACAACAGUCACAUCGUCGGUCUCAAUCUCAUCCAUGGCCGCCUCUUUCUACCCAGAGAAGGCUAGAGUGCCCCCAGCUCUGCUGGCGCCCACUCCUCCCAUCACCAAGUUUAAGAUUGGUAUAUGUCAGUUAAGUGUGACUGCUGAUAAAGAGAGAAACAUUCUGCAUGCGCGGACUGCAAUAGAGGAGGCUGCUGAAAAGGGGGCAAAGCUUGUUCUGUUGCCCGAAAUAUGGAACAGCCCAUAUUCAAAUGAUAGCUUUCCAGUGUAUGCUGAGGAUAUUGAUGCUGGCUUUGAUGCAUCUCCAUCAACAGCAAUGUUAUCUGAAAUUGCUCGCCGUCUUAACAUCACGCUAAUUGGAGGUUCAAUACCUGAACGGUGCGGAGAUAAGUUGUACAACACCUGUUGUGUCUAUGGCCCUGACGGAAAGCUGAAAGCUAAGCACCGUAAGAUACACCUUUUCGAUAUUGACAUUCCUGGAAAGAUUACCUUCAAGGAAUCGAACACUCUUACUGCUGGGGAGACUCCCACCGUAGUGGACACGGAGGUUGGUCGAAUCGGAAUUGGUAUCUGCUACGACAUUAGAUUUCAAGAACUAGCAAUGCUCUAUUCUGCAAGAGGUGCUCAAUUGAUUUGCUAUCCGGGAGCAUUCAACAUGACCACGGGUCCCCUGCAUUGGGAGCUAUUGCAAAGGGCAAGGGCUGUCGACAACCAGUUAUACAUAGCAACUUGUUCACCUGCUCGAGAUGCUGCUGCUGGGUACAUUGCGUGGGGCCAUUCUACACUGAUCGGGCCGUUUGGUGAAGUUCUGGCCACAACGGAACAUGAUGAGGCGAUAAUCAUCUCAGAAAUCGAUUAUUCUCAAGUUGAUCUUCGGAGAACGAACCUACCGCUUGAGAAGCAAAGACGGGGCGACCUCUACCAGCUGGUGGAUGUCGGGAGGUUGGGAUGAAAUGAGAGAGACGGAUUGUUCAGAAAUAAAGAAGAUGAAUGAGUGAGAGUGAGGUGUUGAAAUGCUGUAGCAGUUUUGUUGUGUGUGAUAAAUGCUAUGUUGCCUGUUUCUUGUGUUUGAUGGGCCAAUGCUGUCGAGGAAGAUUUCGAGUGUCAUGAAAUUGAAAUCGUCGAAACUCGAGGCUUAUGGAUAAAGAGAAUCAGCUUAACGAUUUGAGUGUUAUAUUCGUUACCUAAUUAACUAAUUUCUUCAAUCAAACUUCUUUCUGCAA